AAGCCGGGUCAAGUCCGUCGGAGCGCUUUUGGCAGACACCACCCGGAAGACGCCGCCGCAGUUGGUCCGAGCCGCCCGCCGCCAUCGAGUGACAAGAUCCACCAACAGAAUGGGGUUCACAUGUGACAAGUGUGGAAAGGUGUGGCCAAACACUUCUGGACUGAAAAGACACUACAGAAUCCACACAGUAGAAAGACGAUACAGCUGUGACCAGUGUGGGAAGGAAUUUAUACAAUCUUGUAAUCUCAAUCAACAUAUGAGAAUCCACACAGGGGAAAAACCAUACAAAUGUGAUGCUUGUGAAAAGGAAUUUUCACAGUCAGCCCACCUUGUAUCACAUAUGAGAACUCACACUGGAGAGAGGCCAUAUGAGUGUGACCAUUGUGGGAAAAGGUUCUCUACGUCAUCCAAUCUCAAAACACAUAUGAGAACUCACUCCUGGGACAUAGUAUAUGAGUGUGACCAGUGUGAAAAGGCUUUUAAAACAUCCCAGCAACUCACCAGUCACUACAGAACGCACACAGGAGACAAACCAGACGACUGAAGAAAGAGGGGAAGGCUUUCAGGUCUGUGAGGAACAUGUCCAAAUCUUCCAGACUGAAGAGAAAAGCUGCAGCUGUGACCAGUGUGGAAGGACUUUGAGAAAACCUGCUCAUCUGAGCGCUUCACCCUCUUGACACUGAUUGAUCUGGAGAAGGUGUUCGACCAUGUCCCUCGUGGUGUCCUGUGGGGGGCGCACUGGAAGAAUUUAUUUUCACUACACAUUCUGUACGAUGGUUUGAUCAUUUUACAAUAUAAAGUGUGUUACCAUGGCUUAUUAAACUUUUUGUAAGACA